AAGAGUCAGCAUAUGACAAUCUGGGAGGCGAGAGAGAGCGCCUAUCAAGAAAGCCCAUCUCUCUAUUUCGUCUUUGAUAUUUCCUACAAAUAUAUGUAUAUAUAUAUAACCACAUUCCCACAUUUUCUGAACUUUUAUAUAUCUAUUUUUUAUUUCAAGAAUGGCGAAUUAUGAGGAAUCAAAUCCCUUUUUACCAAAGCAAGAAAAAGAAGCAGGGAUAAAGCAUGAAACGAAAUCCUCCACCAGUACUGGUACCAGCACCGCCAAGAACGGUGGACCUCCGCCUCCUCCUCCUCCGGCGGUGCCGGUGGGAUGGACUGCGAAUGGGCUUCCGGUGGGGGAGCCCGUGAUGCACCGGGAGCCCCUGACGCAGAGGUCCCAAUGGCACUCCCGCGUCUUCUCUUGUCUUGGAAGGAAUGAUGAGUUCUACAGCAGUGAUCUCGAAGUUUGUUUACUGGGUGCUGUGGCACCCUGUGUGCUCCACGGAAGCAAUGUUGAGAGGCUUGGAUAUGCGCCUGGUAUAUUUGCUAAUCAGUGCUUGCCUUACACUGGGCUUUACGUGAUCGGAAGCUGCUUUUUUGGCUGGAACUGCCUUGCGCCCUGGUUCUCUUAUCCCACCCGGACAGCCAUCCGACGUAACUUUAACCUUGAGGGAAACUGUGAGGAACUCGUGAGAUCCUUUGGGUGUUGUGGGGGCUGUGGGAUGGACGAGGUUCAGAACGAACACUGUGAAACCGCCUGUGACCUUGCUACCCAUGUCUUCUGCCAUCCGUGUGCGCUUUGUCAGGAAGCUCGUGAGCUGCGUAGGAGGCUUCCUCAUCCUGGAUUCAUGGGUAAAGCCGUGAUGGUCAUGAUUCCACCAGGGGGACAGACCAUGGGCCGUGUGGCCUAAUUAGCAAUAAUUAAUGUUAUGUUGCCAAGAGUUUCUGUCCGACUGCAUUUCUGUAAUAUUAUCUGAUUGCUGAGGUUGACAAUAUAGUUAUUAUGUAGUUCGAAAACGUGCAUACAAGUAAAUUUUAUGCAUCCGAGUAUAGGAUACAGAUACAUCAACUGUUCUUAAUAACUGGAAUUGCCAAGUUUA